CAGGAAAGUAUAUAUGUACAGUACUUUUUGUUUGAAUAUAUCUGGCAUCCGCAAUAUCCUACGAUGCGUUGGAACUGUUCCACUUAUUGUGGACCUCUUUCGAUCGAUGCUUGGAAAGGGUAUAUUGGACUUAAUGGGUAUCCUACGACGCGUUGGACUUAUCCCGUUUAUGUGGACCUCCUUCGGUCGAUGUUUGGAAAGCGAGUGCUAGGCCCCAUGCACAUUUCAAGCGGGAUUACCCAAUACUUAAGAGAAACAACCUUUACAAAGUGGACUGUCCAUAAAUGUCUUGAAUUUUUGGCAGAAAAUUGCGCGGGGGUGACGUCUGAACAUCGUGAAGAAAUUAUGGCUGAAUUAAAACAUCAGCUCCAUUUAAUAAGUACUCAUAACUCAAUGAACAAAAAAGCCCAAGAGAAAGCUACAAAGCUUUUUAAUAAUGUAGAAAGAUAUUUUCAAUUCAAAGAAGUUACAGCAUUUUUUGACCAAAUGGACAAAAAGUUACAGGCAAAUGAAAAUUUAUUUGACACGAAAACCAAUCUAUAUGGAUCAGAGGUCGCGGUGCAAAUGAUUGACGCGAAGUUGAGCUCUUUUCAAUCAGAAAUAUCUUCUGUGAGCAAUGUGGUCACGACAUCAGCUACCGAACAUGACUCUGAAAAAAAGGAACAUGAAAGUUUUGUCAAUGUUGAAGAAACAGCAGAUGAAGCCGAGUAUGCUCUCACGAAUCCUGAUAACAAUCAAAUUGUUUCCGAAACUAUACAAACGUCAAGUAGUGCACAAGCUUACGACCAAGAAGCAGACGACGAAGAAAUUGACAAAAUUAUUGUAAAUAAGAUAUCUGACUUACUUCUUUCGAACUUAAAUCUUGAGGAAAUAUGGAUAAAAGUAAUGGAACGAUUGAAAAAGGAAAACUUGCGAGUGCAGUCCAUUGAAUCCCGAAUAGUGGAUCUUUCAAAUUGGACGAAAGUCGACUGGAAUAGGAUUCUCAAAACAUCAGAUUAUGUUCAAUUGUUUAACGAAUCAAGGAAGAAACUCUAUAAGGAUAAAAUUGAUAAAGAAGUACAAAAUUUGCUACGCGAUGGAUGUGGUCGGAUGAAGUCGUUAAAUGAUCUAAUAUUAUGGAAAGAUAAAUUCACAACUUUAGAAUCUGAGGAUGCACGAUUAACUGUUGGAAUUAUCGAAUUUUUCCAUCUCUGUUUACGAAGAGAGGUUAAUAUUCUUGUCAUGCAACAUCGAGAACGUGAUUAUAUUGUCAAGAUCCUUAGUCCAAUUAUUGGAUUCAUAUUUGAAGAAUUUGAUAUAGGUACUUUUGAACUUAACUGGAUCGAGAAAGACUCUCGUAGUGUUACUUGUCGAAAACGAAAAUUUGUACAUGAAGAAUAUGUAAACUUAGAUCCACCAACAAAAAAGAUGGAUUUGGUUAUAUCAUUGCGAAGUUACAAAGUUGAGCUACUAGUACUUGAAGCGGGAAACACUGAAGGCCCUAUGGAUGAUACAAAAUUUCGAGAGGAUCAUUCAAAGAUCAAAGUGGUUAUGAAAGAUUGUUUGGACGCAUUUUGGAGUAAAUUACAUUUUAGAAAAGAUGAACUUGAAGAAGUCUUCGCAAUGGGCAUUCAAAUAACGGGCACAAAAUGGACUAUCUACUCUCUUACUUAUAAUAGUUCAAAAAACUUUUAUUUUUUUGUUGAGAUGGCAACAUUGACAUUACCAACAACAUUAUCUGAUAUGGAAGACCUUUUACCAAGUUUUUUGGAGAAUCUUCUGGCAUUACGGCAUACACAAAUAGAUCUGGUUGCAAAGAUUCGAAAAUUUACUCAAAAAAAAAAUUCCACACCGUCGCCACCCUCAUCACCAUUGCACGAAACAACAGAGACCCCUUCAAAAAAACAAAAACUAAAGCAAGAUCCUUUUUAUAUCUUAGACAACUUAUAUUAA